AUUAAAUUAAAUUCCAGGAAGCAGUGCUAAUGACAGCCCUAACGAGGGAGAGGCUACCAGCCCCAGCCUUUGGAAAGCAUGGCAAAGAGGACUAGGCAAUAACAUGAACAAAGCAGUAGCUCCUGGGAAUAGAAUUGAUUAUCAUUUCCCAGGCCCCCCAAGGACCCUGGGCUUCCCAGGGGAGGUGGCCUUUGGAGACUGCCUAUGCAACAGGCACAGUGGCAGGUUGUACCAUGAACUCUUCAAGGACAAAGAGAAGGAGGGAGGUUAAGUUUAGUCCUUGGCCCCAAAGCCCUGAGAGCUCCUGAGUUCCCUGCAGGGCUUGGGUAGCUCCUCCCCAGUCAUACAGGAGCACCCUGAAUGCCUGAACCAGUUGGGUUUGUAGGGCUAGGCAUGGAUCACUGGCUUGAAGAUGUUGGUGCCCCUACCUCAGCAUCCCCUGGAGAUUUGGGAACCCCCUGUGUGGCUUGUUCCUCCAUGAUGCCUCAUGGCAGUCCCCUCUCACACCAGUGUUCUCUUGCUCUCGCUAUUCUGGCCUGGCUGGACUCCUCUCUGGUUCGGGAGCAUCCAGCUCCUUCCCACCCCAGGGCCCUUGCACUUGCUGCUGCCUCUGUCGUCACUCUCUUCUGGCUUGUUACAAGACUGGUCCUUCCACAUGAUUCAAAGAUCCCCUCCUCAGACUGUCUUCUCCUGCACAUACCUCCCAGCGGCUCUAGUGUCACCCUGUUGAUUUCCUCUGAAAUGGUGAAGUUCAUUUCCCUCUUUGUUUGGUGUGUGUUCCUCAAGGACAGGGCCCAGCUGCCUCUUUUACCAUAGGGUUCUCAGCACAUUGGCAGGCAAUAUGUUCAGGGAACAGUGGUUGAACAAAUGACCCCUUCCUCUGGAUCCUCCCGCACUGCCCCCCAGCCCCCGCCCCUGUGUCAGGUUGGGCCCCCUUGCCUAAUCCAGAUGCUUAUGGGGAAGGGGUGCUGGGGCCUGAAUUCUCCAGGUCAAAGCCAAUGAUCUGUGAAGAGGGUGGAUGACCAGAAAGGGGGACUUUGGGAUCCAGGACCCGCAGGCUUUCGAGUUUUCCUCCUGGAUGAAGAGAGGCCUGGGAAGAGGGGUCUGCCAGGGAGCAGGGAGGGAGGGCAGGAUGGCUGACUCCAGUUUCAGAACUUCCACUGGGCUAAGAAGCAGGAAGGGGAAAGCGCAGGAGAUGUACCAGGAAGUAGAGCCUGCCCCAGGGCAGUAAGGCGGGAGCAAGCUGUGGCCACCCAGGUCUACAAGCAGUAGCUGCAAGGCUAUGAUUGAGUUGGUCAUAGGUCCUUGGCCAGGGACUCCCUGUCAUCUGAGAGCCAUGACCCUGAACUCUGGGCAUCCCUGUGGGGUCCUACCUAGUCCUGGACUCUGGGCAGGGACAGGGACACCCACCCUGAAACUGCCUUUGGGGAAGUGCUAGCGGCUUCCCCUUCCUAGAGCCUGCAGGCAAGCAUGUCACAGCCCACUGAGAGGGUCUUCGUUCCUCACCCUGCUCAGGGCUACUGCUUGAUAGGAACCCAGGCCAAGCUGGACCUGCUGUGCUGCCUAUGGUGAGCCCCAAGGCUAUUCUGGCAGUAGGGGUCAGCCAGCAGCUGCCACUUCCCCAUUUCAGCUGAGGGGCCACCCUCAACUCUGCUGAUGUCAUUCCAUUGUCCUUUAUGGUCCAGUCCAAGCGGUGCUGGGCCUGGUGGGCAUGGGGACAAGUCAUGCCUCCUCUGGUGCUCGUGAGGCCCUGGCUAGGCAGCUGCCCUCUGCCCCCAAAAUGACCUCUCCUGAAAGGACUCCUGGAUUCCUGAGUAUGAAGAAACUGAGAUGCCCACGAUGUACCUCACGGAUGACUGUGACUGGCUCCUGGCCCACUCUGGACCUCAGCUGACUCAGCUGCAAAGCAAGGGGUGCUGGGGAGUCAGGGAAGAGCACCAUCGUCAAGCAGAUGAAGAUCAUCCACGAGGACGGCUACUCCGAGGAGGAAUGCCGGCAGUACCGGGCGGUUGUCUACAGCAACACCAUCCAGUCCAUCAUGGCCAUUGUCAAAGCCAUGGGCAACCUGCAGAUCGACUUUGCUGACCCCUCCAGAGCGGACGACGCCAGGCAGCUAUUUGCACUAUCCUGCACCGCCGAGGAGCAAGGCGUGCUCCCUGAUGACCUGUCCGGCGUCAUCCGGAGGCUCUGGGCUGACCAUGGUGUGCAGGCCUGCUUUGGCCGCUCAAGGGAAUACCAGCUCAACGACUCAGCUGCCUACUACCUGAACGACCUGGAGCGCAUUGCACAGAGUGACUACAUCCCCACACAGCAAGAUGUGCUACGGACCCGCGUAAAGACCACGGGGAUCGUGGAGACACACUUCACCUUCAAGGACCUACACUUCAAGAUGUUUGAUGUGGGUGGUCAGCGGUCUGAGCGGAAGAAGUGGAUCCACUGCUUUGAGGGCGUCACAGCCAUCAUCUUCUGCGUAGCCUUGAGCGCCUAUGACUUGGUGCUAGCUGAGGACGAGGAGAUGAACCGCAUGCAUGAGAGCAUGAAGCUAUUCGACAGCAUCUGCAACAACAAGUGGUUCACAGACACGUCCAUCAUCCUCUUCCUCAACAAGAAGGACCUGUUCGAGGAGAAGAUCACACACAGUCCCCUGACCAUCUGCUUCCCUGAGUACACAGGGGCCAACAAGUAUGAUGAGGCAGCCAGCUACAUCCAGAGUAAGUUUGAGGACCUGAAUAAGCGCAAAGACACCAAGGAGAUCUACACACACUUCACGUGCGCCACCGACACCAAGAACGUGCAGUUCGUGUUUGACGCCGUCACUGACGUCAUCAUCAAGAACAACCUGAAGGACUGCGGCCUCUUCUGAGGGGCAGCGGGGCCUGGCGGGAUGGGCCACCGCCGACUCUGUAUCCCCCAACCCCUGAGGAAGAUGGGGGCAAGAAGACCACGCUCCCCGCCUGUUCCCCCGGCCGCUUUUCUCCUCUUUCCUCUCUUUGUUCUCAGCUCCCCUUGUCCCCUCAGCUCCAGACGUAGGGGAGGGGUUGCCACAGGCCUCCCUGUUUGAAGCCUGCCCUUGUCUGAGGUGCUGGUAAUGGCCAUGGUACCCCCUUCUGGGCAUCUGUUCUGGUUUUUAACCAUUGUCUUGUUCUGUGAUGAGGGGAGGGGGGCACAUGCUGAGUCUCCCAAGGCUGUGUCUGGAGGGGCCCCUGCUUCUCCAGCCUGGACCCCCAGCUUUGCCCAACACCAGCCCCUGCCCCAGCCCAAGUCCAAAUGUUUACAGGGAGCCUCCUGCCCAGUCCCCCACCCCCAGCCGCUCGGAGGCCCCAAAGGAAAAAGCACAAGAAGCGUGAGACGCCACCGUUCCUGGAAACCACAGUCCACCUGCUCAUUCUCAUAGCUUUUUAAAAAAAUGAAAGUAAAGGAAAAAAAAAAAAUUGCAAAUCUAGAAAACUUUUUAGAGAAAAACUAUUUAAAACUGUCAGAUCCUGACCAGCAACCCCCCCAGCCCCCCUUCCAAGUGACUCCGUGCCUUGAGUGUGUCUGCGUGUUUACACCCGUCCCUCUGCUGGCCGCCCCCAUGCGAGCGGCACCCCUGCCCUGCCCUCCACAGAAUUGGGUUCCAAGGGCUGUUCCAGACAACUGCCAACGUCACUGAGGGCCCUGCCCCAGCGGCCCUGGGCCCAGGCUCCAUUAACCUAAAAUGUAGCUCCCUAGCGCUAACCUAGGAACCGCCGCUGCCUGCUGGGGGGCCACGCCCCUCAUGCCCCUGUCCCAGGCCCGGGGCCUUCAGCGUUGAACACUUCCUUGCUUUUUUCACAUGUUUUAUGGAAUUGUUCACCUGGUUUGAAAUAAUAAAAUGUAGAAAGAAAAAAAA